GCCCAUUUAUGAGAGAAUCCCUCUCAACAUGAAACGCAACAAUUUCCUCAGCAGAAAACGCACUACGUCAAGGUUGUCCAGUAGGUGGCGAGACUCCAGCGAGUGACUUCAGGUUGGGAAAUCAGCAGCCUUACCCCCGCUGUGACUGUUCAAGGGAGGAAAAAAAAUGCUGAUGCGGACAGGGAUGCAUGAAAACCGGGAGGACAAGCCGCUUACAUGACGUCCCUGUGUGAGAUGCAGAGACAACAUGGCAGAGGACUCCAGCGGAGAAAGCUCCAAGAUGCGGCUCGGUUUGCAGCUGCUUUUCUAGAUCAAGCGCGGUUGUUAUAUAAGCGCGGCUGAAAACGGUCACACAGAGAAUGCGAGCUAAUUGGAAAGAAGGAAAAUGGAGAAAUCAAGUUUUAACCUUCAGCACGUGGACUAAAAAUAGCGUUAGGUUAACACGAUACAUCUGUCCGCUAAGUUACGUAGUUCGUCAAUAGUAGCAAACAAAGUUGUUGCUAAGCGACGGCGAAGUCUUGACCCCAGCGGUGCAUUGGUCGGUCGCGUAUUGAUAUUUAAAUUAACUGUGUAGUGUGCAGGUAAAAGCUGUACCCUUUAGGAAGUACGUCAACCAAUCAGCUUUGAGUGCUGGGAUUAUUAUUUUUUUUAUUUUUUCCAACUAAAACCAAACCUGCGGGCCCGUAUGUAAAUAUGCCAAACUGACCGAACAGAACUACGUGUUUCUUUUUGUGAAAAGGAUUAACGCUGGAUUUGAAUGAACCGAAUCUUGAAGGAAACUCCGCUGGACUGAGUUCCGGGAUUCCUCCCCCGUACCUCAACCAUCAUGUAACUGUCACCGUUUAGACAUGACAGAGCAUUCGCUGGGAUUUGUUGAUGGAAAACAGACUGCGUUAUGGAGGCAGUGGUGUAUGCACAGUUUAUUUAAAGCAGGUUAUCUAAAACGAACCUGUGUUUAGGAUGAUGGGACCUCGGAUUGAAACAGGGACACUUCUAGGGGGACACCUUUAGAUACGGAGAAAAAAAAAGUGUGGCCCUCUGCAGAGGCAAUCAUGAGUCCUCCACGCCGAUCAUCAAGUUCCCAUGGCGACAGGUCCUCCUCUGAGACCCUGCAGAAAAACAAUAGCAGCAACUCCGGUGUUAUUCUGGAUAUCUCGUCUCUUAAGAUGGCAGAUGUGGAUACAGAGGUGCCUCCUCUUCCACCUCGCUACCGCUUCAGGGACCUGCUGCUGGGGGACCAGACGUUUCAGAAUGAUGACAGGUACCAAGAGGAGUACAGUAUGGACUCAACCAAUGCUCAGGUGCAGGUUGAGUUUUAUGUGAAUGAAAACACCUUCAAGGAGAGGCUGAAGCUUUUCUUCAUCAAAAACCAAAGGUCAAGCCUGAGAAUCCGUUUGUUCAACUUUGCAUUGAAGAUCCUCACCUGUGCCCUCUACAUUCUGAGAGUCAGCCUGGAUAAUCCCACAGAAAACUACAGUAUCAAUGGCACAACAUGCCGAAACAGCAGUUCACUGAAUUCUACUGAGGGACGUGAAAUCAAAUGGAACCUAAUUUUCUGGGUGAACAGACUCCAGCCUGUGUGGGCAAUACAGGUGACAGUGGCCUUAAUCAGUUUCUUGGAGACUAUGCUUAUCACAUAUCUCAGCUACAAGGGGAACAUUUGGGAGCAGAUCUUCCAGAUAUCCUUCAUAUUGGAGAUGAUUAAUACGGUACCAUUUAUAAUCACAAUCUUCUGGGCUCCGUUGAGAAACAUAUUCGUCCCCGUGUUUCUUAACUGCUGGCUUGCCAAAGGUGCUCUGGAGAACAUGAUCAAUGACUUCCAUCGUGCCAUCCAGAGGACGCACUCCGCAAUGUUCAACCAGGUGUUCAUCCUCAUCUGCACCUUACUGUGUCUGGUGUUCACAGGAGCCUGUGGGAUUCAGCAUCUUGAGCGAGCCGGGAAAAACCUGUCCUUGUUUGACUCCUUUUAUUUCUGCAUCGUCACCUUCUCCACUGUGGGCUACGGCGACGUUACUCCACAGAUCUGGCCCUCACAGCUGCUGGUGGUUAUUCUCAUCUGUGUUGCUCUGGUAGUCCUUCCGCUACAGUUUGAGGAGCUGGCGUACUUGUGGAUGGAGAGCCAGAAGCUCGGAGGGAACUACAGCCGUCACCGGGCGCAGACGGAGAAACAUGUUGUGUUGUGUGUCAGCUCGCUCAAGAUCGACCUGCUGAUGGAUUUUCUUAAUGAGUUUUACGCUCAUCCUAGGCUGCAGGACUACUACGUGGUGAUCCUGUGCCCGACAGAAAUAGACAUUCAGGUUCGCCGCAUCCUGCAGAUCCCCCUGUGGUCUCAGAGGGUCAUUUACCUGCAAGGAUCGGCCCUCAAAGACCAGGACCUGAUGAGGGCCAAGAUGGACGACGCUGAGGCGUGCUUCAUCCUGAGCAGCAGGAAUGAGGUCGACCGAACUGCUGCUGAUCACCAGACUAUUUUGAGGGCUUGGGCUGCAAAGGACUUCGCUCCAAACUGUCCUCUCUACGUCCAAAUCCUCAAACCGGAAAAUAAGUUUCACGUAAAAUUUGCAGAUCAUGUUGUAUGUGAAGAGGAGUUCAAGUACGCCAUGUUGGCUCUGAACUGCGUGUGUCCAGCCACGUCCACCUUAGUGACUCUGCUGGUUCACACCUCCAGAGGACAAGAGGGGCAGACGUCCCCGGAGCCGUGGCAGAGGACUUAUGGCCGCUGCUCUGGGAACGAGGUGUACCACAUCCAUUUAGCGGACAGCAAGUUUUUUGGGGAGUAUGAUGGAAAGAGCUUCACCUACGCCUCCUUUCAUGCCCAUAAGAAGUAUGGUGUGUGUUUGAUCGGGGUGAAGAGGGAGGACAACAAGAGCAUCCUCCUGAAUCCUGGACCGCGUCACAUCAUGGCUGCUACCGACACCUGCUACUACAUCAACAUCACCAAGGAGGAGAACUCAGCCUUCAUCUUCAAACAGGAGGAAAAACAUGGGAAGGGUCUCCCCGUCACCGGGCUCUACGACGCCCCCUCCAGGCUGCCUGUGCACAGCAUCAUAGCCAGCAUGGUUGAUCAGACCACCUCAUUUGGGACUGUAGCGAUAGAUCUCCAGCAUCCCGAUCCUCCGGAGGAAAGUGGGAAACUGACCCUUCCCACCGAGAACGGAGCAGGAAGUCGAAGGCCAAGCAUCGCACCCGUCUUGGAAAUUGCUGACUCCUCCACCAUCUUGCCCUGCGACCUCCUCAGUGACCAAUCGGAGGACGAGACCAACCAAUCAGAUGACGAGGGAUCCGUGGGGUCGGACUUUGUGAAGGGCUACCCUCCAAACUCCCCCUAUAUCGGCAGCUCUCCAACUCUGUGCCACCUGCUGCCACAGAAAGCUCCGUUCUGCUGCCUUCGCCUCGAUAAGGGCUGCACACAUAACAGCUUUGAGGAUGCCAAGGCCUACGGCUUCAAGAAUAAGCUGAUUAUAGUGUCUGCAGAGACGGCAGGAAAUGGGCUCUAUAACUUCAUAGUUCCCCUGCGAGCUUAUUAUCGGCCCAGAAAGGAGCUCAACCCAAUAGUGCUGCUACUGGACUAUCCACCAGACAACCACUUCUUAGAGGCCAUUUGCUGCUUUCCAAUGGUUUACUUCAUGGCUGGAACUAUUGAUAAUUUGGACAACCUGCUCCAGUGUGGAAUAAUCUAUGCUGAUAACUUGGUGGUUGUGGACAAGGAGAGCACCAUGAGCGCUGAGGAAGACUACAUGGCAGACGCCAAGACUAUUGUCAAUGUCCAGACAAUGUUCAGAUUGUUCCCCAGCCUCAGCAUCAUCACGGAGCUCACACAUCCGUCCAACAUGAGGUUCAUGCAGUUCAGAGCGAAGGACUGCUACUCCCUCGCUCUGUCCAAACUGGAGAAGAUUGAGCGCGAUAAGGGCUCCAACCUGGCCUUCAUGUUCCGGCUGCCGUUCGCUGCCGGCAGGGUGUUCAGCAUCAGCAUGCUCGACACGCUGCUGUAUCAGUCGUUUGUUAAGGAUUACAUGAUCGCUAUUACACGGCUUCUGCUCGGACUGGACACCACGCCCGGAUCUGGCUACCUGUGUGUUAUGAAAAUCACGGAGGAAGAUUUGUGGAUCAGGACUUACGGCCGACUCUUCCAGAAAUUUUGUUCUUCCAGUGCUGAAAUUCCCAUUGGGAUCUACCGCACUGAGUCGCACAUGUUCUCUACGUCGGAGAGGAAGGACAGUAAUGUGCAGUCUCAAGUGUCCAUCAAUGCCGAGCAUGGGGAGGAACAUCAGGGCCGCGCCGGGUCCUGGAAAGAGAAAACAGCCCACAGAAACUCCACCACGAGUGACCAAUCAGAGCAUCCGCUGCUGAGGAAGAAGAGCAUGCAGUGGGCUCGGCGGCUGAGCAGGAAGAACGUCAAACCGGCGAGCAGAGCGGAGCGCAUUUCGCAGCAGAGACUCAACCUGUACCGGCGCUCUGAGAGGCAGGAGCUGUCGGAGCUGGUCAAGAACCGGAUGAAGCAUCUGGGCCUCCCGACUGUGGGAUACGAGGAUGUUUCUAAUCUCACAGCGAGUGAUGUCAUGAAUCGAGUAAAUCUAGGAUAUUUGCAAGAGUUGCAGGAUAUUUCAGAGCAGCCGUAUACAGAGGGGACAAGGCCGUCAGGGCCACAAGCAGACGAGAUGAACGACCACCAGAACACGCUGUCCUACGUUCUCAUCAAUCCUCCUCCUGACACCAUGCUGGAGAUCAACGACAUCGUGUACAUUAUUCGCUCUGACCCUCUGGCUCACAUGCCAGAGGACUCACAGAUGGGACAGGCGGCCCGAAACACCAAGAACCAACAGGACUUUGGCGCACAGUCAAGAAAUGAAACUCACCUUUAAAAGCUUUGAGUCUUUUAAAUAGAUCUCAUAUACCUCGCACAAACGAAGGCCCGCCAGGGGCGGUGAUGAGGUGUUCAUAGUGAAUGUGCAUUAAGUGUCUCUCGGCCUGAGACCAGAAAUUAGCCACAUCCUAAAAGACGGCCCUGAGAUUCCCGUUUUCAUCAGAGCUGCCAUUGGAGGAUGCAUGAAGAGUGCCUAGUCAUCACUUCCCCUCACAAAACUCCCUGCAAACGAGAACCUGACGCUACUUCCUCUGUCCAGCCCGACCGCCGAGAUCAGAAGGGUUGUUGGUCGUGAUUGGAUGAUUAAAACCGGUUUCUGGGCCGAUGGGUAAAAUAAUUUCAUUUCAUGUUUUGCUCAGGUGGGGGGGAAGCUGCCCUUGUGCCACUACCGGCUUUUUGCCAAUUUCUUCGCCUGUUUCUGCUUAUAAUCAGAAACUAACUGAAAACCAUUCACAUCCGACAACUUAAGCAUCACGGUUUGCUAGAGAGCUGAUGAUUGGGUUGGUUUUCUACAUUUUCAAGUAUUACCAGGAAAAUAAGGUACAUGUGCAAUUUUCUUACUUUACUGUCACUUUCAUUUAUCCUUGUGAACUUUUUGUCAUUGUUUUAAAUUUAUUACAUGCUUACACCAGUUGCACCUUUAUUAGCCAAGUUAGCAUUUCUCUCUGUAAUUGUGUCAGUUGAUGAAAAAUGAACAUUGUUAAAUUAUUUCCCUGUUA